AUGAUCACAAAGUCUGGUUUGCCUGGUGAUGGAGGGCAAGCGUGGAAGAAAUUGUUGAAUCGGGUUUCGGAUUGUGUUAACAAGAUCCACCAUCAUUAUUCACAGUAUUUUGGGUCUCGGAGAGAGAAGAACAACUGGUGGAGGAUGUUUUUGAUUGGAUGGCUUGCAAUGGGGAUUAUAGUUUCUUUGUCGGCUUUUUGGUUAAUGAGCUCGCAGGCUAAUGAGAAGAGAAAGGAAACACUUGCGAGUAUGUGCGAUGAGAGGGCACGGAUGUUGCAAGAUCAGUUUAAUGUUAGCAUGAAUCACAUCCAGGCAAUGUCUGUCAUGAUUUCAAUAUUUCACCAUGGCAAAAACCCAUCUGCUAUUGAUCAGAGCACCUUUGCGAGGUACACAGAGAGAACAUCGUUCGAGAGACCACUCACAAGUGGAGUAGCAUAUGCAGUGAGGGUGCUCCAUUCCGAGCGAGAGCAGUUUGAGGCCCAACAAGGAUGGACUAUUAAGAGAAUGGAUAAAAUUGAAAAAAAUCCCGUUCAUGAUGACAAAUAUAAUCAAGCGGACCUCGAGCCGUCUCCGGUGCAGGAGGAAUAUGCACCCGUCAUCUUUGCACAAGAAACUGUUGCUCAUGUUAUUUCUGUUGAUAUGCUGUCUGGAAAGGAAGAUCGUGAGAAUGUAUUGCGGGCAAGAGAAUCCGGAAAAGGCGUCCUCACUGCCCCAUUCAGAUUACUCAAAACAAACCGUUUAGGGGUAAUACUGACGUUUGCCGUCUACAAAAGAGAACUUCCCCCUGAUGCAAAACCUUCUGAUAGGAUUCAAGAGACUGCUGGGUAUCUCGGUGGCAUAUUCGAUAUUGAGUCGCUUGUGGAGAAACUCCUUCAUCAGCUUGCUAGCAAACAAACUAUCCUUGUCAAUGUGUAUGAUAUGACAAAUUCCACUGAUCCUAUAAGCAUGUAUGGUUCAAACCCCUCAUCUGAUGGCCUGCACCGAGUCAGUUCUCUUAAUUUUGGAGAUCCAUUCAGAAAACAUGAGAUGCAUUGCAGAUUCAAACAAAAGCAACAUUGGCCAUGGGCAGCAAUUUUUACAUCAGUUGGGAUCCUCGUAAUUGAUAUGCUUGUGGCGCAAAUAAUCUAUGCGACUGUGAACAGAAUAGCAAAAGUUGAAGAUGAUUAUCAUCAGAUGAUGGAGCUCAAGAGACGUGCUGAGGCUGCUGAUGUUGCUAAGUCACAGUUUCUUGCUACUGUUUCGCAUGAAAUCAGAACCCCAAUGAAUGGUGUUCUUGGAAUGCUGCAGAUGCUUAUGGACACACGUCUUGAUGAAACUCAACAAGAUUAUGUGAGAACUGCAAGGGAGAGUGGCAAAGCCUUAGUUUCCCUCAUAAAUGAGGUUUUGGACCAAGCAAAGAUCGAAUCUGGUAAACUUGAGCUCGAAGCAGUUAGCUUUGAUUUAAGGGCAAUCCUUGACGAUGUCUUGUCGCUGUUUUCUGGAAAAUCGCAAGAUAAAAAAGUUGAGUUGGCAGUUUACGUGUCUAGUAAAGUCCCUUCAACACUGAUAGGUGAUCCAGGUAGAUUCCGACAGAUUGUUACGAAUCUUGUGGGCAACUCGAUCAAGUUCACGGACAAAGGCCACAUAUUCGUGACCGUUUACCUCGUGGAGGAAGUCAUGGAAACGGAAACCGAAACCGCCAGCUCUCUGAGCGGGCUGCCGGUGGUCGACCGGAGGCGAAGCUGGUCUCGUUUUCGUGUCUUCAGCCAGGAUAAUAAUACUCCCCUGGCCGGGUCCUCCCCAGACCAAGUGAACGUGAUUGUUUCCGUAGAGGACACGGGGCAGGGAAUCCCAGUCGAGGCCCAAUCACGUGUGUUCAACCCGUUCAUGCAAGUGGGGCCGUCCAUCACACGGACCCACGGUGGGACGGGCAUCGGCCUCAGCAUCAGCAAGUGCCUGGUCCAGCUGAUGAAGGGCGAGAUCGGGCUCGCCAGCACACCGCAGGUGGGGUCCACUUUCACGUUCACCGCUGUCUUCACGGCCGAGCAGCAGCUGAACUCGAACUCGAGCUCGUCCGAGUUUCACGGGACCCGAGCCCUCCUCGUGGACUCGAACCCCGUGCGCGCCAAGGUCACCCGAUACCAUAUCCAGCGGCUCGGGAUCAAAGUCGAGGUCGUCCCAGAAGUCGGACCCGGGUCGAGGAGCAAGCCUGUGCAAAUUGUGUUUGUCGAAGAGGAAAUGUGGGAACGGAACGUAGAGGAGCUGGUGAAGGGCUCGUGUGGCGGGCCCACGCAGCCGAAGAUUCUGAUUUUGUCGAACUCUUCGGGGAUUGGGCUGCCGCCGCCGCCUGUGGCAGCAGUGGUGGUGAAGCCGCUGAGGGCAAGCAUGGUGGGGGCCACGCUGCAGAGGGCGAUGGGGGUGAGGGGGAAUCGGGGGAGCCAAGAGCUGCACAAGCUGUCGUCACUGAGCAGCUUGCUGCAAGGGAGGAGGAUUUUGGUGGUGGAUGAUAAUCGGGUGAAUCUGAGAGUGGCGGCGGGUUGCCUGAAGAAGUAUGGGGCGGACGUGGUGCAUGCCGAGAGGGGGAAAGAAGCCAUCUCGCUGCUUACGCCACCUCAUCAAUUCGACGCGUGUUUUAUGGAUAUUCAGAUGCCGGAGAUGGACGGGUUUGAAGCAACAAGGAGAAUAAGGGACGUAGAAUCUGGCAUAAAUAACGGCAUAGAGGAUGGUCAACUCUCUCUGGAAGCCUACGGAAACGUGUCAAAUUGGCACGUCCCAAUUCUGGCCAUGACUGCUGAUGUCAUCCAGGCGACGAGCGAGGAAUGUUCUAAGUGUGGUAUGGAUGGUUAUGUCUCGAAACCCUUUGAGGCCGAGCAGCUCUACCGGGAAGUCUCGCGAUUCUUCCAGGCGGGAGCCGAUGAGAAUCACCAGAAAGAAUAA